AAAAUUUAAUGCUUAUUUUAUUAAAUAAUGGAGUAGUGAGUUAGGCCAUUUGUUUCAGUAUUUUAUAUCCAACACAUUUUUUAAAAUAGUAAGCAAUAAUGCAAUGAGCACCCUAUAUCCUAAUUCCAAAUGUGAAGCUCUCAGUUGACCUUCCUUCCACCUACCUUGAUCAUUUCAGAACCCUUCUUUUUUCUGUGUGAUGAUGGGUUGGAGAUGUAGCUGUGUUAUCAUAGUUACUCUGAUGAUGCUUCUGCCAUUCAUUGUUUCUUCCGGUUCUAUUGUCAACAACCUGCCGGGUUUUGAUGGCCAACUUCCAUUCAACCUUCAAACUGGAUACAUAGGAGUGGGAGAAGGACAAAAGGUGAAAAUAUUUUACUAUUUUGUAGAGUCUCAAAGAAAUCCCUUAAUUGAUCCAAUUUUGCUUUGGUUGGUUGGAGGUCCAGGAUGCUCUGGCCUUUCGGCAUUCUUUUUUGAAAAUGGGCCUUUAGUAAUGGAUGGUGAUUACAAUGAGAACCUUCCAAAGCUUAAAUUGAAUCCUUAUGGUUGGACACAUAUGUUGAAUAUGAUUUACAUAGAUAUGCCAGUUGGGACUGGAUUUUCUUACUCAGAAACGCAAGAAGGCUAUUAUAGCAGUGAUACACUCUGGGUGGAUCAUGCGUAUUCUUUUUUACAAAAGUGGUUUAUUGAUCAUUCAAAUUUUAGCUCAAAUCCAUUUUAUAUUGGCGGUGGCUCAUACUCAGGAAUAACUACUGGUCCUCUUGUUCAAAAAGUAUAUGAAGGAUACAAAGAAAGACAUAUGCCACACAUAAACAUCAAAGGUUAUGUGUUGGCAAGCCCAGCUGUUGACACCUACCAGUAUUAUAACACACGAGUUUUAUAUGCUUACCAUAUGUCUCUAAUACCAAAAGAACUUUAUGAGUCGUUGGAAGAAAAUUGUAAGGGUGAUUAUGUGAACAUCGAUCCAGACAACACAAAGUGUGUCUCGGAUUAUGAAGCUUAUUAUGAGCUCGUUCAUUAUAUAAAUGAACAAAAUAUUUUAGAACCUGUCUGUAUGACUACACCUGCUGUGAACCAAGUAAUUCAACAACCAGUUCAAGAUGAUCAAGAACUACAGUGUAGAAGUUAUUAUCAUAUCCUUGUUAACACAUGGGCAAACGAUGAAAAUGUAAGGAAGGCCCUUCAUAUAAGAGAGGGAACUAAAGGGGAUUUCUUGAGAUGCAACAAAACUUUGGGAUACACAAAAAAUCUACCUAGUGUUGUAGAUUAUUAUCACAAUCUCACCAACGCCAACAUCCAAGCUCUUAUUUAUAGUUCUGAUCUUGACAUGGUAGUACCACAAAUGGGUACACAAGAAUGGAUAAGGUCAUUCAAUAUGAGCAUACAUGACAAAUGGCGUGCAUGGUUUGUUGAAGGUCAAGUUGCAGGAUACACAAAAAUUUACAAAAUGAAAGAAGACCACUACUUAACCUAUGUGACCGUAAAGGGUGCUGGACAUGUGGCCCAGACAUUUAAGCCCAAGGAAGUUUAUAAUAUGAUCAAGAGGUGGUUUUCAUUUUCUCUUAUCUAAUUUUUCCUGUGCUAAGCCUACAGUUUCCAAAUAAAGGGAAUCAUGGCAAAUCGAAUUUUGUCUGGGAGAUAAAUAAAGUAUGAUAGUUCCAUCUAAGAUCUAAAUUGGGAUUCUCGCUCAACAAUUUUCUCUUAUCUAUAUGUGCUUUGAUUUGA